UCGUGGUCGAUGGGCUGUGAAUAGGUGGGCGUUGGGGGCAGUCCGAUGAACUGGUAGGGGUGCUGUGGUGGAGCGGUGUUGAAAUAGGCGUAAUCCAUGGUGACGACACAGGAUUUCCGUAUCCCAGGCACUGGGACGACGAUCUGGGACGGAGGAUGAGGUGCAGUGUGCUCUUUGCGGUGGCAAGAUGCAAAUGGCCAAGAAGACGGGCUGAUUUGCUUAUGUACGAAGGUACGCGGCCAGCCUGAUAUGUAUACUAAGUACAGCUGAGAUGUCGCUGGGUCCUUAUAUCCUAGCGGGCCGGGGACGCCUUUGCUGCCGCUCGAGAUCGAUGCGCCUUCACCGCAGGCCGUGGCACGGGCUGCACGGCUUUCCUCCUCCUCACGCCCCAGCACCCGCCCACCGUGCCCCCCUGGUUAGCAGGGCUUCAACGCUGUCUUUGUCUGUCCCAGACUGUUUCCUUGCCGGGGCCGGUCUGCCCGCGCCGUCGAGUGUUCGUGCGUGGCGUGGAGGUGCAUAUCUGCUGCAUGGGACCGCUGGAGGGGCCGCUGGAGAGACUGCAGACAGCGCGCCCUCGGCGACCCUCCGCCGUCGUUGGACGGUCCUGCUGCUGCGUCUGGGGAUGAAACGGCGUGGCAUCAGGCUGGGAACUUGCCUGAACCCAACCGUGCCAUCCUUCACCAAGCCCACCCAAUCCCUUGCGACCCCGGGCCUCUGCAAGACAUGAGGGCUGACGAUGGGUGCACGCUAGGCUGGUCUGCUAGGGUGAGACUGGAGCCUGUGGCGUUGGCCGGACAGCCUCCCGUUGGU